AGCGCAGCAGAGCUGUAGCCCAGCGAGUGAAAUGCUGCGCCCUUUACUGACUCUGAGGCGGCUUGUCGAUCCAAACAGGCUCGUCAUCAGGAGCAGGAGACUUACCACCCUGCAAAUAUCACGCAGUGUCGGCGACUACUUGGGUGCUCGGGGUUCAGUCGCCUCCGAUGGUAGGAGUCUGGAAGGCAUUCUCGGGAACUGGAGGAAGAAGCAGAAGGAACGUAGAGACUCGUCACGUUCACACGACAGUCUAACCAGGUGUUUAUAUCAUGUCCUGGAAGCUGCGAGACUCCAGAAACUCUCCUCCAGCCAGCUCACGCAAAACCGCCACUUUCAGAGGUUCUGGGAUCACUUACGCAGUGAAGUACCCUCCAUGUCAGCCAACUCAGCUGUGAUGUGUCUUUACAACUGCGCACAGUAUCGCUACGAUGAAGACCUUGCUCUCUUUUCAACCCUCAUCGACGUCUGUUCUAAGAAAGUUGAAGCUAUUCCGACAAAGGCCUAUGGCAUCUUACUCUGGUCUCUCUGCAAGCUGGAGAUAUACCAGGAAAACAAGGCACUAGCCAUGGAUGUUGCACGGCUAUUUCACUCUGAGCUUCUGUCUGACAGGCAGAUAAAGCCUCAGUCGUUUGCCAAUGUAUUGUGGGCAUUGGCCACCACCUCCACCUGGCCACACUACAUAACGGAUGGUGUUACGGACUAUGUUUCAAGCAGGGCAGAAGAGUUUGACUUUCACUCUCUCUCGAUUGUGCUGUGGUCACUGACCAGUGCUCAACUUCCUCUGUCUGAUGCGUUCCUCGAGGCGGCUGGUGCCAGGGCUACUGUGUUCCUGCAGUCACAGGUCCAUGCUAUUAGCCUGAUUCACUGCUGCUGGGCAUUUGGAUCAGCUGCCUAUUUCCACCAGUCUUUCUUUUCUGCAUUAACAGAUAGACUUCUUUCUGAGCCUGUUGACUCUUCAUUUUUCACACCGCGGCUGUUAGCCUCAGGGGCGUGGGCGUGUGCACGGACUGGCUACUAUCACCCCGGGCUUCUCGACCGCAUAGCGCAUGUAGCUUUGGCCAAUAUCCAUCGCUUUAAUAGUCAGGAUCUCGGCAAUUUAGCCUAUGCAUAUGGCCAGUUGAAUCACUCCAGUGACAAGUUGCUCCUAACCAUCAGUGAUAUAAUAUCAUCAGAGAAGAUGUCCAGCAAUGAGCAAGCAUGUGCAAAUGUUGCCAGUGCUUGCUUGAUCCACAAGCUGUAUCCUGAGGCUUUGCUCAGGAGACUAAUGUCCAGUGAGAGAGUUUCAGCACUUAUCAGGAAUGGAGCAGGGAAGCACUUACACCUCUGUGUUCAGACGCAUUUUCUUGUGAAGUCUGAGUGCCCUGAAUUGCAGGGCUGUGUCUUACAGCCGCCACAUGACGAGAUCAUCCCGGCACUGGUGGUGGCUGAAUCUAUGGUCAACUGUCCGCGAGUGUACUCUGUGUUUCACCAGAAUCUGUGUAAGGCACUGACACAAAUAACGGGAAGUACACAGAGAUUCACAAGAGAAGCACUGACAACCUUUGCCAGCUUCAUUGAUGCAGAAGUAGUACUGGACUGCCAGGGUUCACCACUGCCCAUACCAACCCAGUGGGGAGGAUGGAGACAGCCUAGAAUGCUACUUGGUGCUGCCUACCCAGAGGAGGAUAACCCCAUCAUUUGGGAGGCAAUUGACCAAUUUAGCUCCAGCAGCAAGACUGGUCUUUUGGAUGAUGAAGUUCUCCAGGAAGUGUGUGUUGCAAGUGACUGGGCUGCUAGACUAGGGACCACCAGUGCACCUGUGGCCAGAAGAGUGGCCUUUGAAGCUGAUGGGCCAAGACACUAUGCAACCAAUUGCAGACAUAAGCUAGGGAACACUGCAAUAAAGCACAGACUUCUAAGAGCUACAGGAUGGGAUGUAAUAGCAAUUGCACAUUUUGAAUGGGAGCAUCUGGAAAAGGAUCAAGAUCACAUCAACUACCUCGUGGGAAAACUAUACAGAAAUAGCAGUACUAUAAUAUAGUUUGUAGACUAUUUUAUCCUGCUAUAUACUGAUUGCCAACAUCUUGAAUUCAAU